AAAGCAUGGCAACAAUUUUUGAACUGUCAAAUUGUGAACAUGGCUGAUGCAGCAGCAGCUCGCAGGGAAGCCCGGAGAAGGAAAAUAUUAGAGAAUUCUCAUAACAGGCUUCAACGUAUAUCUGGAAAAUGCGAAGAACCGAUUCUAAAAGAAUCAUCUUUACAGACCAUACUUCCAGACGUAAGUUACGAAGUUUCAGCAAUAUCUAGCAGUGCCACAACUAGUAGGAGCAACAGUUCUCUCAAUAAUGGUGUCGUGGUUAGCGAGGCACCACCAGUGGCGGUGCCGACACCGAAUCCUGUUUAUGAAGCGGAUGCGGCUGGCGACAGUUUAACCGACGUAGCCAAUGACUUGGCAGCUUUAAUGUCGCCAGGAUCACAACCAGCCAACACUCAACAAGUGACUCUUUUGGAAAAACUUGUUCUAUAUAAGUAUGAUGUUGUGCUAGUGUCUUUGUUUGUCCAACUUCUGUACAGUUUCUCAUUGUUGACAUUUGACGAGACAUAUUUUUUCUUGCCAUUGGUGGUUUACGUCGUUACUAAGAUGAUAUGGUUUCCAGCACCAAGCAGUUCCAACUUUGCUAACGCUUUACUUCUCUUAAAUGGAAUAUCAGUGCAAAGAGUGGAACGAAUUAUGUCCGUGAUGCGCUGGGUGAGUAUGUUUUCUCAGGAUGUCUGCGUGUACCUUUUUACCACGAUUUGUAUGCAGGCCCUUAGUCACACUAUCACAGAUUCUUUAAUCACAUAGUAGAAAUUG